GAUGGAGAAUAGGCGUGUACGAUGGUAUGAUGCGGUUUGAAGGUUUGACUCUUAAAAUUUUCUAUUGCGCCGGAGAUAUUAUCUUUUCCCAUUUCUUUUUUUCAGCUUGACACAUUUGCACUUUAUUCUCGCUAGUACCUUCGGCCUUUGUAUGUACAUCUUUGACGUUCAAUUGAGCCUUCUAAUUUUUCUGCUUUAUAUGAUCCACAAAUUAUUACUAAGGUCCUACACCGGGCGAAGGCAUGCAGAACGGCAAACGCGCAUUGGAAGAAACAAGAAUAAAAAAAAAAAAAAGGGAGCAAAGAGGCGAGGGAACAAGAGAAACACACUGGAACAGAGGCUAGAAAAAGUAUCUUCAAGAGAUUGCAGGUGUUGUGCGAGGUACCGGCUGUGCUCAUCUGGGAUGCAACUGGUGUUCCGGAGAUUUUCCUCGAACAUAUGUAAAUUUGACACUUCACUGUUGCAGCCGCGGACCUCGGCGUCGUCCCACCAUAUUCACAGUCCUAUCGACGCGAUCAUGGCUUUUUUUUCCCUGCAAGACUCCAGUCCGGGAUUCGACCAUGGCUGUCCCCGUUUGACAGCAGAGCAGAUCAGGGACGUCCGCCCUCACACGACGUCGCGGAAGCCGUUCCUCUGCCCCAGGUUGAGAGACGUCACACAAGUGCUGCCAGACUAUUUUACGGCGCAAGUGCAUCGUGGUUCAAGCCGUCGGGCGCUUGAAUGCGAUGGACUUGCAUUCAACAUAGCUUUGAAGUUCUAAUUGACCCCCAGAGUCGACCAUCGUAAAUUCUAUACAAGUAGAAAACGGCAUCGACGUCAUUGGCUGAGCGCUCCAUGUCAGCUGACCGCGUCGACGGGAGUAUCAGUUUGUUCUGUUUGCAUUACCAGGAGCAGCUGCCUCCAUCCAACUACUUACUACUGUUAGGUACUCUACUAGACUCUUCAACAGCAGUGCCAAUCCAUCCAAUCGCUGCGUCUUACCUGA